UUAUUUUUAUUGKCAUUUGUUUCACUAUUAGUUAGCAAAUCAUAUCAAGACAAUGAUGUUUUGCCGGCCGUACCGCUUGUUGUCAAAAGUCCAUACCUGUCCACAUGGAUGUCCGCACGAGAGCUGUACGGUAAUUGGCCCACAUUUUGGACCGGAGCUAUUAAAGGAAUGGCAGGUCUGGUUCGAGUAGACGGCAAAACUUACGAGUUUAUGGGUCAUCCAACGCAAGACAAUAUUGGCACUAAUCUUCAGGCAAAACAAGUUGGACUGAAAGUGACACCGACUCAGUCGAUAUUUACCUUCAAUGCCGGUCCCAUUGUACUGGAAGUUAACUUUUUUACACCAAUAGAUCCGACAGAUUUGAAACGGCUGUCACUUCCGGCUUCAUAUAUAGCGGCAACUGUCCGGUCAACAGAUAAAGCAAAACAUGACGUACAGCUCUAUAUUGAUAUGUCUGCCGAAUGGACAUCUGGUGACUCUAAUGAAGUGGUCGAAUGGGAGGUCAAUAAAGUGGGAAAUGUUAUCACAAAUGCUAACUUUCGUUUGAGAGAUCAAAAACAAUUUCAAGAGUCUCACGAUGCGGCGCAAUGGGGAGUAGUUAAAUAUUUUACCGAUUCAUUGGUGUCAUAUCAGGCGGGUGGMUGUACAUCCYUGCGCUCUAAAUUUGUUAAAGAUGGACAUCUUGACAAUACAGUUGAGAAAAACUAUCGGCGCAUAAAUGACAACUGGCCCGGAGUGGCAUUUGCUCGCAAUAUGAUUGCCAGUGAACAGAGAUCAGAGACUGUCUUCUAUGGURUCGCACACGUUAGACGUCCGGCCAUUAACUAUACUGACGCUCAAUUCAAUCAACUUUGGGAAAGUUAUUUCGGUGGUGACGACAACAAAAUGAUUGAUUUUGUGUUGGGUGAGAGUGAGGAUGCACUUAAAAGAGCCAACAAUUUGGACAGUCGUAUUGUGGCCGAUGCUCACAAAGUUGGUGGCGAUAGUUAUGUCAAAGUGGUCUCAGCAGCAUUAAGACAGGCAUUUGGUGGCACUGAACUGGUGGGUACACCUGAAAAACCGUGGCUUAUGCUUAAAGAGAUUUCAUCGGACGGCAACUGUCAGACAGUGGAUGUUAUUUACCCCCACUUUCCCGUCCAGUUAUACCUAAACCCACUUCUACUUAAAUAUCUGUUGGACCCACUUUUAGACAAUCAAGAAAAAGGUUAUUUUCCAUACAAAUAUUGUAUUCACGAUUUGGGCUCAAGUUAUCCGCGUUGUAUUGGACACAGAGAUGGCAAACAAGAAGAUAUGGAAGUCGAGGAAAGUGCUAAUAUGUUGAUUAUGAUGUCGGCCUAUGUUAGAGCAACUGACGAUAAAGAUUGGGCUACAAAACACUACAAAAUUGCUAAACAAUGGACUCAAUAUCUGGUAGACCACGGAUUGAUAACUGGUGAUGCCCUAACCACUGAUGAUUUCUUGGGCAGAAUUAAAAACUCGACAAACCUAUCAGCCAAAGCUAUUGUAGGUAUAGGAGCAAUGGCACAGUUAGCUGAAAAAGUAGGCAAUCAAGAGGACCAAAAACACUACCGACAAAUUGCUGAAAAGUAUGUAACCGAAUGGAUACGUAUGGGUGAAGAUCCGUCAAACAAACAUCUUAAACUCAGCUACAAUACGGCUAACACAUGGUUUAUGGUAUACAAUCUGUUUGCUGAUAUACUAUUGGAAACCAAACUUGUGCCCCAAAAUAUAUACAAACAACAAGAUGAAUGGUAUCUAUCAGUAGCCAACAAAUAUGGUGUACCCCUAGAGAGCGGUAACUCAGCCACAAAGUUUGAUUGGGUUAUGUUUACGGCGGCCUCCAGUUCCGAUUCACGACUUCGGCAAUUGAUGUUCGAUAGGACAGCUCAAUGGCUUCGGGAAACUACAAAACUCGUACCAUUCUCUGACUGGGGAGACACCAAAACUGGCGGUUCUCCCGGAUUUAUUAACCGACCAGUCAUUGGAGGUGUGUUCGCACCCUUGACUAUCAAUAAAAAAUAAACCAAAUUAUUUUUAUUACAUUUCACUAAAAAAUGUUGUUUUAUAAUAUCUAACAAUUUAUUAUAAUCUAUUAAUAAUUAUUGAUA